GACGGUUGGCGUCGCAGCGGUCCCCGGAGGUCGCAGUCCGCGUGCCCCAGGCCACCCCCAUCCCCUCCCCCUUUUAGGCAGCGCAGUCACCGCGCGGGGCGGCCGCCGUGAGGAAGCUACCACGGCUUGUGACCACGAAUAUCUUAAAAGCUCCCGGACAGUGGCAUCCUCAGCCUACAGCUGAGUGGGCCGCCCGGGCACGGAGCGGCCGCCCGAGAGCUACCGUGAGGAAGGAGGGAGCGGCGGAGGCGACCUCCAGCCGGGCCCUGCACCACCCGUCCACCCCUCAACCCCGGCUGGCGUGACAUGAGCCGGGUCGGGCAUCCGCGGGAUGCCCCUUGAGCCCCUUCUCCGGCUGUCAGGUCCGGGGCACACACCGACACGUAUUUUCCAAAUAAAUAUCACUGUGUAUUCUGGCGGUGACGACGGCGGCGGGACCGAAGGCGCAUUUAUUUAUCAUUAUUUCUCAUCAAGCCUUUGUCCAGCCUAUAUCCAACGACACAACUUGGUUGGGAGAUGAAGCGCACCAUCGCCUUGACCCCAUGGAACUUGAUAACCAAAUGUAGAAUUGAAUUGCUGACCAAGCCCCAUUUAUAUUUAUAGCUGGACGAGCCUAUAUUGUCCGCAUAAUCAUAUAGAAGAAUUCAAGAUAGGAGAAGCAGGCAGCAACGAAUGAAGACUCUAAAAGAAAAGAAGAAGGAAUGUCAAAGAUUAAGGAAGUCUGCCAAGACCAAGAGGCUAAUCCAGAAGGCGUCUUCAGGGCCUGUUUGUCGGCUAUGCCUUCGUGAACCUGGGGAUCCUGAGAAGCUAGGGGAAUUUCUUCAGAAAGACAAUCUCAGCGUGCAUUAUUUCUGCCUUAUUCUGUCUAGCAAGCUGCCUCAGAGGGGCCAGUCCAACAGAGGUUUCCACGGAUUCCUGCCUGAAGAUAUCAAGAAAGAGGCCAUCCGGGCUUCUAAGAAGGUCUGCUUUGUGUGCAAGAAGAAGGGAGCAGCCAUCCACUGCCAGAAGGAGCAGUGUGCCAGAAACUUCCACCUGCCUUGUGGCCGAGAAAGGGGGUGCCUUUCGCAGUUUUUUGGAGAAUACAAAUCAUUUUGUGGAAAACAUCGUCCAACACAGAACGUCCAUCAGGAGGACCUGGGGGAGGAGAGCUGUGUGUUGUGUUGUGAAGAUUUAUCCCAGACAAGCGUUGAGAACAUCCAGAGCCCGUGCUGCAGUCAAGCUGUCUACCACCGCAAGUGCAUCCAGAAAUACGCCCACACCUCCGCAAAACAUUUCUUCAAAUGUCCACAGUGUAAUAACCGGGAAGAGUUCCCUCAAGAAAUGCUGAGGAUGGGAAUUCAUAUUCCAGACAGAGAUGCCGCCUGGGAGCUGGAGCCAGGGGCCUUCUCCGAGUUGUAUCAGCGCUAUCAGCAUUGCGAUGCCCCCAUCUGUCUGUACGAAGGAGGCCGAGACAGCUUUGAGGAGGAAGGGCGGUGGCAUCUUCUUCUGUGUGCUACGUGCGGAUCCCACGGGACCCACAGGGGCUGCUCCGCCCUCAGAUCCAACAGCAAGAAAUGGGAGUGUGCAGAAUGUUCAGCUGCUUUAGGCACAGACUGCACACCUGAGAACUCGGGUGACGCCCCCUGCUGCAGCAGCACCUGCCAGCCAGCUGAACCCAUCUACAGAGACAGCCUGGACGAGAGGCCAGGCCCCUCCUGGACUCAGUGGCCAGGGCCUUCCCUGUUAGAAAAGCCGGAGUCAGGUGGCAGGAGGAGGCCCAAGGGUGUUAAAGUCACCAAGAGUGGCAGAAAGUCUAAGUAACAGCUCUGAGUGGCUGUUACCAAGUCUGCUGUGGGGAUGUAACUCUACUUCUGCAUUGGGCCUUGGGGAGGGGCACCGGGGAACUGUGAGCCCAGGGAAGGGGGCAGGUCAUCCAGCCUGGGAAGCAUGAGGAGCAAGAAACAGGUAGAGAUGCCCUGGCGGGCCACGUUUUGGGCCCUAAGCCCUGUCACUCUUCCUUACUCAGACGCCUCUGUCAGAACCUGCCUCCUACUUAACGCACAUUUGUUAUUCUGCAAAUAAAGCUUUUCUCUCCUUUGGUGUCUCCUUACAAACUUACUCUGAAGUUUGUUUAGUGGUCUAAAGAACCUGGAGGGUACAACUCUUACCUUCUGCCCCAUGAAGUGAGGUAGGAUUCUGAGCUAAAACACCAAUGGGCUCCCUGGAUGGUGUGUGUGUGUGUGUGUGUGUGUGUGUAUUCCAUUUGCAGGGGAAGUGGUAUUUCAGAG